UGGAUAAAGACCAAACUUUGUUUUUGCACCGUCACUUGGAAAAAGAAGUUUGAAGUUACAAAAGUGGGCUUGCAGUUCAUUCAUUGGAGCAAGGGAAUGAUAGGUUGCAGCAGGUCUCUCUUGAGAGUCGACAGAGUUCUCAGAUUUACCAACACUUAUGUUUCAUCAAACCCUACACACUUUCAGGAACAGAGAAAUUAUCAUGGUUUAAGCUGUGAUUUUAUAAUGGGUGGUAGAAAAAAGAGAGUUUGUAUUGAUGACAAUAGCAAGAAGGAAAAAACAAUGAAAGCUAUAUGGAGACCUAUUGCGACUAAUGCUAGUUCUUGUGAAGAAAGCUCGAUAACAGCUGCGACAGUUAAGUCAGAAGAUGGAGGUAGAGUUCAAGAAGUGGGUUGUAGCACAUCUAGCACUAUCUCAAAUGAGCAUCUCAUGCAGGGUAAUGUUGAAAACAAAGUGCUAGAAGGAGAUUCAUCUCUCUCCGCUGAAAAGCAUUCGAUUUCUAUGAAGGUUGGUGCUUCUCUAUUUCGUUUUAUUAAAGGAAAAGGGGGAUACACACAGAAACAGAUAGAAGAAGAGACAAAAGUUAAGAUAAUAUUCCCUUCUUCAAAAGAAGAUGAGUUUAUUACCAUUGAAGGCAUUUCCGUAGAUAGCGUGACUUCAGCUUCAGAGAAGAUUCAGGCUAUAAUUGAUGAGACGGUUAGGAGUCGAAAUCUUGACUAUUCACACUUCAUAUCCCUUCCACUGGCCAUCCAUCCCGAGUUAGUUUCUAAACUAAUGAAUUUUCAACACACUAUUUUGGGAAAUGACGAUUCUUGCAUAGAUGAGAAUGUUGACACUGACUCCAAUGAGGCUGAGGAUACUACUGAUAAUAAAGAAGUGGAUCAAUUGUCAAAGGAAAAUGCUGAUGUUGCAGUUGAACUUAAAGUUGAUGAUGACAGUAAAUCAGUUAAAGUUAAUCUUACCAGCAUACCAUUUGUCAGUUAUGCACCUAAAGCAUCCAAGUCUUCUGCUUCAUCUGACUUGGGGAUUGAUAAAUCUAUAUUCAUCAAGCCUAAGACAUUUCACCUCACAGUACUCAUGCUUAAGCUAUGGAACACAGACCGAGUUAAGACAGCCACUGAGGUCUUGCAGAGUAUUUCCUCAAAAGUUAUGGAAGCAUUGGAUAAUCGGCCUCUCUCAGUAAGAUUAAAGGGACUGGAAUGCAUGAAAGGUUCCUUCGCCAAAGCCCGUGUCCUAUAUACUCCUGUGGAAGAAAUUGGCAAUGAGGCCCGCCUUUUACGUGCCUGUCAAGUCAUAAUUGAUGCAUAUGUUGAAGCUGGACUUGUCUUGGAGAAUGAUGCUAAACAAAGACUGAAGCUGCACGCCACUGUGAUGAAUUCAAGGCAUAGGAAAAGGACAAAGUGGAAGAGGAAUGUUGACUCUUUUGAUGCACGGAGCAUAUUCAAGCAGUAUGGAUCAGAGGACUGGGGACAGUAUCUUAUUCGUGAAGCUCAUCUUUCAAAGAGAUUUUCAUUUGAUGAAAAUGGAUACUAUCAUUGCUGUGCUUCAAUACCUUUUCCUGAAAAUAUACAGGAAGAGUAAUUGAUAUCUUGUUGGUUAUAGCCUGACUUUCUCUUAUGUGUAAUAAGGAAUCAUGGGAAUUGCUUCUCAAAAGCUUUAAACGUAUCUAGUAGCCAAUGUAAAUGCCUGUCGACACAACAUCAACCUAGGUAGCAUAAUCAGGAAAAAAAAGUGGUUACUAGUAGUGCGUGGGAUUUAGAUAGGUUGUGUUUAAAUGUUUGUUUGACGAUUGAUAUGGUUUCUUGUAGAGCUCGAUUUCCAAAAUCGUAGUCCAUGUUUGUCUAAAAGUUUCUUCGUAAAUGUGGUUAACUGGUAACUGUAAUAUGUGUGAAAUGUUAAUUGUUUUUUUGUUGAACCUCA